AUGAGGGAUUUAGGUCCAAGGGAUUUAGCAAGGAACAGAGCACCUGAAAUAGAGGAGAGGUUUGAUGAGUCUGGGAGUGAUAGCGAAGAUGAUGAUUACAUACAAUCUGACAGCGAGGAAGCUGAAGAUGAUUAUGAAGCAGACAUUGGUGACUUCAUAGAGGAGGAGACAGAAAUAGAUUGUCUCCAUGAUGACAUUCCUGAUAAGCAGUUUGAGGAUUAUCUUGAUGUCAGUUCAACCAUGGAUAAGACCUACAGGAAUGGUAAAAUAUGGACAUAUCAAGAGUUUGGAGCUAUCAGACAUGAGCCAUGGUUGAUAUUUGGAGACAGGGAAUCAUUUAUGGAAGUUUUCAAAGACUACUGCAUACAAGAAGGAUUUGGUGUUUAUGUUGAUAAGACUGACAAAACAAGAUACAUUUCAAGGUGUGCUUUAGAUGGUUGUAACUGGAGAAUUCAUGCCUCCACCAUAAUAGACAAGGUCAGCUGGCCAAUCAAGAAUUGGAAAGGGGAGCAUAGAAGUUGUGGAAGGCUGGAGAUUAACCCAGCUGUAACAUCUGAGUGGCUGUGUAGACAUCUGCAGUCAGACAUUCUGGCAAAUCCUGACAUUCCAAUUGAGUCUUUACAAAGACUCUAUAUGGAAAGGUUUAGGAUUGAAGUUAAAAAAAGGCUCUUUUACAAGGUGAAGGCAAUGUGCAAGGAGAGGAUUCAUGGGGGUUUUGGAGAGGCAUACUCACUAUUACCUAAGUAUGCUGACAUGGUGAAGGAGACAAACCCAAGUAGUUAUGCUUUGGUCAGUUGGGAUGAAUCAAAUGCAAAUGAGCCACCAAGAUUCAAGGCUUUUGGGAUAGAUGGGAACAAUGAGAUUUUUCUCAUUGCUUAUGGAGUGGUUGGCACUGAGAGCAUUGACAGCUGGGCAAUUCAUGACACAUUCCCCAGAGCUACUAGAAGAGUGUGUUGCCAGCACUUGUACACAAAUUGUAAGGCCAAAGGAUUUAGUAGUUCAGCCUUCCAUAAGCUUUUCUGGAUUGCAGCUGAUGCAUACAAUGAGUAUGUAUUCAUCAACAAAGCAAUGAAGAAAAUACUUGAAUACAAUCCUAAGGCUGUUGAAUACUUAGAGAGUUGCACUAAGGUCUAG